AUGGAGGCGUCAGGCGUGAAGCCACGUGCUCCAAAGAUAACUACGAAUCAACUGGAAUACAUUAAAAAAUCUGUCAUUCCACCUCUGUUAAAACACAAACUUUCAUGGCCUUUUGUAAAACCUGUGGAUCACAAAGGUCUAAAUCUUCCCGACUACCCCAAAAUUAUUCGGUGCCCCAUGGAUUUGGGAUCUAUUAAGCAAAGGUUGAAUUUGGCCUAUUAUCGACGAGCGGAGGACUGUCUGCGCGAUUUAUUUUCGAUGUUCCACAAUUGCUACAUCUUUAACAAACCAGGUGAUGAUGUGGUGGAAAUGGCGCAGAAAUUGGAGGAAUUGGCCCGGGAGAAAUUGAAAGCUCUUCCUACUCCCGAGGCUGAGAUUAUCAACCAAAAAUCCAUUACCAGCCGUCCUGCUCCAUCAAAUCUCUCUACCGAUUCUAGUUUAUCUAUGUCUGCGAUGAAUAAUGAGGGAGAUAUGAAUGGUUCUUCCACAUUAGUUCCUGGCCCAACCUCGUCUGCUACUGUCCCAAUUCAAGCUCCUGUAAAUAAAAAACCACCUAAAAGGAAAUCUGAUUCCAUUGAUGAUGUUCCUUCAACUCCUCAUUCAAUUGAUGAAGGUCGUGAGCGACGAGCGAUCAAGCGACCCAAAGUAGAAGAGCGUGUACCAAACAGAAGAGUGCGAUUGAGUGAAUCUUUGAAACAGUGCAGUAAUCUCUUGAAAGAUCUCUGCUCCAACAGGCUUAAGCAUUGCAAUGUAAUUUUCUUAAAGCCAGUUGAUGUGGUUGGAUUGGGUCUUUCUGAUUAUUAUUCCAUUAUUCAACAUCCGAUGGAUCUAAGCACUGUUAGAAGCAAGCUAGAAAAUGGAGAAUAUGCAACGAAGGAUGAUUUUGCUGCGGAUAUCCGCUUGAUGUUUGAUAAUUGCUAUAGAUACAAUGGAGCAGAAAAUGAAAUCGGCGCCAUGGGAAAGGCCCUGGAAAGUGUGUUUGAGGAGGGUUUUGCUAAAAUAUCUGACGAUCCACCCGAAGGAGUCGAGGGGAUGUUUAACCACAUCACCAAAGAGCACCAACGUCUUUUCACUCUUCUUUCUAAGGCCAGUGAGGAUAUGCAAAAAUUGACCACUUCUGUUAACCAUCUGAUGACAAUGAUGAAUGAUCCCUCAGUUAUUCAGAUGCUUAAGUCUGCCAAGAAAGAUCCGGUUAGUGUACAUAAUUCCACUGGUCUGUCCGGUUUUGACGAUCAUCAGACUAACAGAAAACCCAAACCUCCCCAGAAACCAAGGAGAAAACCUCAAAGUAUAGCUUCCUAUCCGAAUGCGGUUGCUGCUGCAAUUCCUGCACCAAAUUCUGCUGCGGGUUUACCCAGUGGUGCUACUACCGCUGCUAUUCCAGUGCCACCGUAUGGAGUUGAUGAGAGCUUCGUUUCUGAUGCCAACGCUCGGCCAAUGACUUACGACGAGAAGCGUCAACUUUCCUUAGAUAUUAACAAACUUCCUGGAGAAAAAUUAGGUCGGGUUGUGCAAAUCAUUCAACAGCGCGAGCCUUCUCAUAGGGAUUGUAAUCCUGAUGAGAUUGAAAUAGACUUUGAGACUCUCCAGCACUCAACUCUACGGGAAUUGGAGCGCUACGUCAAAGCCGUUCUUCAGAAGGCCAAACCUGCUCGUAAGUACAAUAAAAAGAGCAAUUCCGGCAGCGGUGUUGGCGUUUCGACAAAGGAUACCUUGAAAAAGAAAGACGAGCAGCAUAUUGAUCCCCAUUUGGGUCCCAUGGAGAUAGGUGGAAACGAGCCAAACCGCUUGAGUGAUUCGAGCUCAAGCGAUUCCGAAUCGGAUUCUGAAUCCAGUGGCAGCGAAUCGGAUGAUUCUAAGGGGGAUAGUGACGGUGAGGGUGAAAGCCGGUCAGGUAAUGUGAAGCCAGUCGUGAUUGGUGUGUUACAGGGUCAACAGGGGUCCUCCGCAUCCAUGGCUACUACUCCUGUUCAACCUCCUCACGCUCCUUUGAAAUUCACGCCUGGCAAGUCUCUCCCAACUGUCGUAUCUAAUACGUCAGCGACACCGUUGCUACAGCCUUCUAAGCAGGAUUCCUCUGAUACCGAUGAUGAGGACAAUUGUGGUGAAAACGCCUCUGUUCUCCAUCCCGCUUGGGUCACAAAGAAAGAAGAGCUGGGACCUAUUGCUUCUGCUCCUCAGAAAUCUCUUCCACCUGUUGCAUCGGCAAGUCAACUAUCAACUACUGACUCGCAAUCCCCCCAACAGACAAAUCUGCGAACUGUCGGAAGCGCCGGAACCUUCGUGAAUGACGGGGACAAUGCGCGAAAUUUCUUGUCAACGAAUCCAGCAGCUGCGCAAAUUGUGCGUGAGGCCGAACUCCAGUCAAGAUUGUCGACAGUAAUUGCAGAGAAGAUAGCAAUAAAGGAGCGUGAGGAGGCGCUGCGAAAACAGCGAGAACGGGAUGUAGCCGUUGCGGAGUCUAGGCGUAGAGAACAAGAGGCUAAAGUUCUUGAGGCUGUUAAUCGGAAACAAAUGGAUAGGAAAAUACGUCAGGAUAGGGAGAAACGUGCGACAAUGCCACUUGUGCCCCCGCGUUUCAAUAGGAAUGAAUUUACGGAGGAUUUUGAGCGCUCUCUUGACAUCGGACUUCUUGACUUCGUAUUCGGUCCACACUGA